CUUGGAUAGCAUCAGGGCGAUGUUCACAGUUUAGGGGAGAUGUAAUCAGGGAAAAGUGUUUUUAAAAGAACCAGGGCAAAGGGCUAUUGAACAAGAAGUCGAAGAGCCGAAAAACACCAGAUCAAGAGAGCAGCAGAGUUCAGAGAAAACCCCAGUUCAGAGACAGCGGCAGCGUGACUUGGCUUCCGAGGAGUCCUUCCCUACCUUUCGACCUCAUGAAAACAGCUACGAGAGACCACAAGGGAGCAUGGCCCAGAGUUUCCAGGAUGAAGUGAUCUGCCCUGUGUGUCUGGAUUAUUUCUCUUACCCGACGUCCAUAGAGUGCGGACACACCUUCUGCCUCUCCUGUAUCUUCCGAUGGUCCUGCUCCGCCGCGGAGGUGUCUUUCACCUGCCCCGAAUGCAGGGGGGUCUCCCAGAGGGCGAAUCUCCGGCCCGAUCGGCAGCUGGGGAACCUGGCCCGCCUCGUCCAACGGCAGAGAGGUCUCCUGGAGAGGACCCUGAGCCUGAAGAAAGAGAUGCUCAGAUUCAGAGAGGACAUGACUCUGGAUCCCAGCACGGCCCACAGCUACCUAGUCUUAUCCGAAGAUUUGAGGAGUGUGAGGUGUGGAUUCAGGGAGGAGCCCCUUCCCAACACCCCCGAGCGAUACGAUGAAACCGCCUGCGUCUUGGGCUCCUCUCGAUUCACCCACGGGAGACACUUCUGGGAGGUGGAGGUGGAGGGCAAGACGGAGUGGGAUAUCGGAGUGACUCUGGAAUCUGGGACGCGGAAGGGAGAUAUUACGCUCUCCCCUCAAGAAGGAUUCUGGGCCAUUUGCCUAAGGGAGAGGCAUCAUUUCUGGGCCUCCACAAGCCCCCAGACUCCCCUCUACCUGAGGGAGUGUCCUAACCGCGUGGCAAUUUUCCUUGACAUAGAGGCCGGAAUCAUUUCUUUCUACGACGUCUCCUGCGGCUCCCACAUCUUCACUUUUUCGGACACUUUCUCCGAGCCGCUGCGGCCUUUCUUCUGCGUCGAGCUUCCGGACGGAGGGGAGAACGUGGCCCCGUUGACCAUCUGCCCGGGGCCGGUUGGAGCCUGGAGAGGCCCCGGCCACCUCCCCGAACCCGACAUUCCUCCAGAGAACCCAGCGGCCCCCACCGUGGAACCUCACGACUCCACCCCCUGAUGUCGGGGCCUCUCUCGCAAAGUACCGAACUUUAGGAAUGGGGGAGAAUUGUUUAACCCUCAUAGAAUAUAGAGAAAAAGAGUGGCCAGUACCCCGAUAUCCAGCUUUCCCCACACCAUCGAGGAUCAGCGCCUCGGCAAGAUACAUAGGUUUGGAGCAAAGAUAUCACGCUACCAGUUAUCAUCUGUUUAAAAGUUAAGGAUUUCCAACUACUUUAGCUUAGAUAAUGUGGAAGCAUGAUGUCUCAGCCUUGCUUCAGCCCCUUCUCCUCCAACCAUUCCCCCUAAGCUAUUUUGUUUCGAGGCCAGUUUGAUUGUCCCUAAUCCCCUCGUUUAAGUGAACGAGAGUAACUCCGGUGCCGAGGGUCCCUAGGAAUAGUAGAAUACGGAGAGAAAUAGUAGAGUACGGAUGGGACGUGAUGGGCCUUUAGUCCUGGAAUCCAUUUUGUCUGGCCACGCUGCCAUUAACUCAAAGCGGGCACAUCGCAUAUCCUCCCCUCUCCUUUGUUCUGUCCUAGCCAGGUAUCUAUCUGACAAGAAGUUUGGUUUGUUAAGGUUUCGAGGCAGGAAGAAGCCGGGUCAGGAUUUCUAACCUGCUUAUCAGUAGUGUUUGCUCACCAGAUCCUUAUAAUGGGGAGAACCAGGCAGGGCCUAGUAGUUACCCCGAGUAGAAAUUACUGCCAUUGCAUUAAGAUACGUACAAUGAUUUAUGCUUUUUGAUCACGUGUGAAGCCAGAAUUUUGAACCCUUUGUAUUAUUUGCAGUUGAGCUGGCCUUGACUAGCAGAGGAACUCUGCCCGUCAACAACCACGCCCCGUUAGCGCUGGUAGGUAAUAAAGCCGUCUCUCGCUUACCCUUUCGAACACGACGUAGAACCCGGGAAGUUCUCUUCCACAAUACAGUGUCCAGCUCCACGCUGGGCGUUACUGUCAACUAAGUUUCAGGAGAAAGAGUUGAUGAGUUGAAGACCGGGACGAUGAGCGUUAAUAAAACGUCUGGCCUUUGUGGUA